ACCAUAUGGUUGCCUGUGAAUUAGAUUCUGAAAACAAGAUGAAGUCCAAUCUGCGGAUCUCACUUUUUUGGGUUAUAUUAAACCACUUUUAUAUCGGUUAUAAACCUCCAAUAUCUAUCAUCUUCAAUUGAUAUACAACUGCCAAUCUGUGACUGUUGGUUGUGGUUUGGGUUGAGUGUAAAGUCUUGUGAGUGAUCAAUGAAGCUCACUGCAGGCAUACCAUGUCUUAACCAGCCUCCCCUGUGGUUUUCUUUUCCAGGUGCCAUUCUUGGCCGAUCAGAGACACAAGAGUGUGUGUUCUACAACUACAACCCCAGUUCGGAGAACCGAGGAAAUCGCAGUGGUAUUGAGUCUUGCGUGGGAGAGAAGGACAAGAGGCUUCAUUGCUUCGCAACUUGGCGAAAUGUGUCAGGAUCGGUUGAAAUAGUAAAGCAAGGCUGCUGGCUUGAUGACGUCAACUGCUAUGACAGCACUGAGUGUGUUGAGAAGAAGGAGGACCCGGAUGUGUUCUUCUGCUGCUGCGAGGGCAACAUGUGCAACGAGAAAUUCUUCUAUAACCCUGACACACAGCCAGUUCAGAGUAAGGCUCCCCUCAGCGACCCGUCAAACAGCAAAGUCUUUAAGGCAACAUCUAACCCCUUCACCCAGAAGCCACCACUGUUCAGUACCCUUCUGUGCUCCAUCGUGCCCAUCAUGGGCAUCACAGCCAUUGUCCUCCUCUCCUUCUGGAUGUAUCGACAUCACAAGCUGGCGUAUCCACCUGUUCUGGUCCCUACCCAGGUAAAUUGAUAUCUCUACUGUAUGAUGCAUGCAUUUUGAUUUACCUUUAGUAAAAUGAGAGAAGUAUUCCCAUAUUUUGAAGUGA